CUGUCAAUGCUUGAAGACAUGAUUAAGCUAGCCAGGGAGAGAAUAUAAGAUACUAUGGAUGAGGAUGAAGAGAGGGACUAUAGUCUCCCGGUAGACGCAUUCGGAAAGGCUUUGUCUGAGUCAUAUUCAGAUAACGUUGGUUCUUUUUCUAGCUUUCCAGAAGCCCCAGCUUAGUCCUUCCAGAAAUACGUGAGGCCCCGACUGUGGGCGUAAAGACUUCUUAUUCUCUGCCUUUACUCCUUCCUCUGAGAGUCGAAGCGGUCAGAAAACUGGACCCCAUUGAUCUAAAACGCCUAUCAUUCCAUAUUUUCCCUCAUGCAGUACAUCAAGAUUCUAUAUACUCAAUCCAGGUAAGUAAGAAGGACAAGGAAGAACACCUAGAGGUGGAAGCAAAACGGCAUUCUGGAAAGAAUGCAGUGGGUAGGGGUGAGGUUGUCGAAGAAUGUGAGAUGACGGAAAACAUGGCUAAGAUCGAUGAGGUUGUAGGUGAUGCUCCAGACACAUUGGUGAAAGAACAUUCUGCACCAUGACUGCCAGCACCACCUCCAUCUCCAUCACUAUCACCAGUUGGUCUGAAAAAUGAAGCAAUGUCCCAAACUUCACCCUUGCCUCCUCCUCCUCCACCACCACCACGGCUCCCUUUUACCUCUGGAAAUCAAGCAUGCCCUCCACCUCCUCCACCACCGAUGUCAUCAAGAAAUGUUGCACCACUUCCACCAGCCAUGGGGACAUCACAAAGACCACCAUUUAUGUCAAAUGUAAGUGGUAGAACUCCACUACCACCUCCAGGGCUUGCUGCCUCCAACAACCUCCAUCCCAAGAAAGCUACCACAAAAUUGAAGAGAUCUUCCCAGAUCGGUAAUCUGUUUCGACUUCUCAAGGGGAAAAUAGAAGGAUCUAGUUUAGAAGGCAAAUCAUCAGGGAGGAAAGGUAAAAUUGGCACCUCUACUGGAGGAAAACAGGGAAUGGCUGAUGUAUUAGCAGAGAUGACAAAACGGUCAGCUUACUUCCAACAAAUUGAGGAGGAUGUCAAGAAUCAUUCAAACUCGAUUAAAACUCGAUUAAGGAGUUGA